UCGUAAACAACGUUGAAUCGUGUCCCGUUUAAUUUUAAAUAUUAUAUCUUAUUUUAUUUAUAGAAGUGAACCCUUAAAAAUAACUAGCAAUGUCUGGUACAAGUGGCUCAGGAGGUGGUGUUGUUCGUAAUAGCGCGUUGGAGUUUGUUGCGCCUGCGCAAGCGACAAUGAAUCAAGAAGCCCCUGCCACAUUACAAGGACCACAGGCUGAUGAGAUGAAUCAAACAGAGCGCCUCAUGCCUCCAGGAUUGAAAGCUCUGUAUGAUGUUUGCUCUAAGGUAUAUCCAGAUCAGCCUAAUCCUCUUCAGGUUACUACAAGACUUAAGUAUUGGCUUGGUGGUCAAGAUCCUUUGGAUUAUAUUAGUAUGUACUGGAAUGCCGGUAGACCUGAUGAAAACAUACCACCACACUGGCAUUAUGUGAGUUUUGGAUUAUCAGACCUGCAUGGGGAUGGUAGAGUCCACCCUGAGCCAGAUCCUGUAGAAUGCAGCUCAGGUUAUGGUUUGGAGUUGACAUUCAGACUCGAAUCCCAAGAGAGAGAGCCUCCCCUUUGGCCGGCCACAUUAUUACAAGCAUUAGCGAGAUAUAUUUUCACAACUGGUAACAAGUUUAUGGCUGGUGACCACGUGUCGUGGCACGCGCCACUGGACGGUGGUCACAGUCGGCUGCGGCACUUGCUGGUAGCGGAGGACCCUCGCCUGCCCCAAGCUCACACUCCACACGGCACCGUUACCUUCCUACAGAUGGUCGGCUGUACCAGCAGAGAGUUGCGAGCGGCGCAGCGAGGGUCAGGUUUCGAAGUUUUAAAAAUAAUCAGCGAGGAUCCAAAGUGCGGGGGGGCGUGGCUGGUGUCGCGCGCGGCGCGGCGCGUGUCGGCGCGGGGCGCGGGCGCGGGGCGGGCGCGCGCGGCGCACCUCGCCGGCGUGUCGGCGCGCGUGCGCUGGCUCUCGCUCGCACGCAAGAGUCCAGAAGAACAAGCGAGUCCACUAUCCCCGAUCUUGGAGCAACAAAUCAAAGAUACUCUACAGAGGGGCCUGAGCUGUAUGAGUGAUAGGGGGGCGGAAGGUCACAACAUGUCAACAGAUAGCUUCGAGAUGACCAGCAUCGAGCGAGCGCUACCACAGUUACCAGAAACCAUGCAGGGUUCGUGGCGGAGUGAUGCUGAAAUAGAAUACUUGGACGGUGUCCACGUCAUGUUGAACGCUGAGGGCGCGAGUUUGUUGCCGUUGGCUAUCGAUGGUCGAGUGCUACAAUCUCAUCACUUCACGUGGAGGCAAGGCCCUCGCGCUGUCACCGUCCUGCCACCUACUGUUGUAGGGGCUUUCGUCACGCCGAAGAAGCCGUACGCAACUAAAGGGGCAUGGCUACAGGUCUUAAUUCCGCCGGACUUAGCACAGGAGAUGUCAAAACAAGUCUCCAAUCUAUCAAGGCUCGCAGAGAGUGACUCAGAGGAAAGUGACUCGAGCACAGAGAAGCCACCUAAGCCGAGUCUCCCAAUCACAUUGAACUGGCCGAGAUAUAGACUUAGUUUAUCCGUUUUACAUGAUAUGGAGAUAUUGUAAUUUAUACAACACAAGCCGUAAUUGUUAUUAUUAAUAUUUCUUCAUCUGGCUUGACUUAAUUUUAUCGCUUUUCCACAUGAUGGGAAAAACUAAUAUUCGUUCGUUAAUAAAUAAAAAUAUGAUCAAAUUAGUUUUGAAUAUUAUGAAAAA